GUACAAGUAAGUUUAUUUUUUUGGUGUAGUCUGAGGCUAUCAAAUAAUAAAUUUAAGCUUGAUUUCUAGAUUGAUCUCAAUUAGUAUUUUAUUAAUUUUGCUUAUGUACAUCCAUUGGUUGAAAAUUAAUCGAUGAAGCUAUAUUCUGAGUUCUAUGAAUCAACACAGUGAUAUUUGAUUAUCCCUUUCAAUAAAGCUGUGUUUCGAGACGAAUAUUUCUCUUCAAAAAUGCCUGAUUAUCCGAGAGUACUAUCUAUCCAAAGUCAUGUCGUGUAUGGAUAUGUUGGAAACAAAAGUGCUACGUUUCCUCUACAGCUUUUAGGUUUUGAAGUAGAUUCUAUCAACUCUGUACAGUUAUCCAAUCACACUGGAUAUAAAGUCUUCAAAGGACAAGUUUUAAACGAGAAAGAUUUGGAUGAUUUAACCGAAGGAUUAGCUGCCAAUAGUCUAGACACUUCGUAUUCUCAUUUGCUGACAGGCUAUGUGGGAAAUUCAUUAUUUUUAAAGACGAUAGAGAAGUUUGUUUCUUCGUUGAAAACAAAAAAUCCAAAUUUAAUUUAUGUGUGCGAUCCAGUGUUAGGAGAUGAUGGAGAACUGUAUGUGCCAGAAGAUCUCGUCCCUAUAUUUAAAAAUGCCAUCAUUCCAUUAGCAGAUAUCAUUACUCCAAAUCAAUUUGAACUAGAAAUUUUAAGUGAAAUUAAAGUCGAUACUUUGGAAAAAACACUGCAAGCGAUUGAUUCAUUGCAUAACAAAGGUUGUAAAACUGUCGUUAUGUCUUCUGCUACAUACUCAGAUCCCAAUACUUUAACAACGCUAGCUAGCCAUGCAGAUGGAAAUUCUAGAAAGCGAGUGAUGAUCGAAAUACCAAAACUAAAAGCAAGAUUUACCGGUACCGGAGACUUAUUUUCUGCUCUAUUUCUGGCGUGGAUGAGUAAAACCAGCGAUAUAAGCGCAGCUUUAGAAAAUACUGUAUCAACUAUAUACGCCAUCAUUUCUAAAACGAUGCAGUUUUAUGAAGAUGCUGGUAAUGAUUUUGACCCAAAACUUUUGGAACUCAAAUUGAUCCAAAGCAAAGAAGAAAUCGAAAAUCCAAAAGUUUUAUUCAAAAGUAAAACUCUAUAGGCUGUAGUUGCUUACUCAUGACUUCAAUAUAUUUUUUAAUCGUUCAAUUGCCACUUGAUACGAAAUUUGCUAUCAGGACUGUUAUCUUAAGUAAUUAAAUGUAGAUAGGUAAUAACUUGAUAAUGAUACUUGAAACAUAAUCUUUUGCAAAAAAUGACGUAUGUCACUUUAUUAAUUCCAUUCUAGUCCAUUUAAUUAACUAUAUCUACUUUGCCUAGAUUGGCCAGGUUAGUUACCACUUGAAGAAUUAGGUACGAGUAUCUAUCUGUAUAUGUUCGCAAAAGUUACAUACGAGUAUGUAGAUAAAAUUUAGUAUGCUUGAAGAACAUGAUAUGUAUUUUAUGUAUUAUAAACAUUCUGUUGAUUCAAAUCAAGUAGCAAAUCAAAAUAGCUUUCAAUUCUGCAUUGUGAUGCUGAUAUAGACUGAAUUUUGUUGUUCAAAUCACGAAGUCUUCCAUAUUACUCACUUGUUGUUAAGUCAUAAUUAAAUUAUUCAAUUUAAUUUUCCACGGUUUGUCAACGAGUGGUAUUUUUUAUUUAUUAUUGUUCCAUAUUACGCGAUAAUCAUUUCCAUUCUUGUGUUUAAAUAUGUCUAGCUUUAGCAAAUAUAGUGAAAUCUCCACUAGUUAUGUGUUUUUGUAUUGCCAUUUAUUAAAAAUUUUCCACGAA